UCAGUUAAAUCCUGUUAGUCGAGUGCGAAGCACGCGUUGCUUUUUUGUUCGUCUCCCACGCUGUGUGUGUCCGUGUGUAUGUGUGAAGCGUGAAACGUGUACGUGUGCGAGUUGAGCAAGGCGAUUCCACGCAAGUGUUGCGAAGUGCGCGAUGCAGCAUUAACUGCGAACAGUGUUGACAAGUGGAUGACAUGUGAUGCAAAUGCAAUAAGCACACACACAACUCUAACUGGAAAGUGCAACUGCAUCAGUGAAUCAAGUUAACAAACAACAACAGCAACAACGGAAAUUCAAACACUCCUGUUAGCCAAGUCAAGUGAAAGCGCUAAGCCGCCAGCAACAAGAUAAAUUACUUGGCGCCUACGCUUGUUAUCUAGAAACCAAAACCAAGUUACAACAAAUAAAAAGUAGAAACACAAACAAUUGUCAACGCGUCAGUGUGUGAGUGGAUGAGUGAGUGAGUGGGGGUGUGUAGGUGUGUGCGUGUGUGUACGCUUCUAAGUGUUGGUAAGCAACGCACAUGGCGUAUGAUUUAUGCGGCUGUUGUUGCGACGCCAAAGCCAACGACAAACAGCAACGAAAACAAAAAUUACAUUAAAAGCAAAACAAGCAAAUUGAAUUUACAACAAUUUGGCUAAAACCAAAAAGUUUUAUUGUGCAGUGCGCGAAAGCGAGCAAAGUGGCAGCAGCCCCCACACAGAUACAAUUGUCAAAGAGAUAGCGCUGGAUUUUGUAAUAGCUCCCAGGCGAGCGCUUAGAGCCGAGACGCCCCCCACAAGAUCAGAGCCAAAGCUAACAAUAAAAUAACAGCAAUAUAUAUACACAUACAUAUACAUAUACGUAUAUAUAUUGUAAUUAGAGCUAUGCGGUUAACAAGGCCAAGCACAAUGUUGGCCAAUUUCGGAUUAUUCAACUGUUGGCCGCUGCUGCUGCUGCUGCCGCUGCUGGCCCAGCUGCAAGGCUACAGCGCAGCUUUGGCACCGACGCCACCAACAACGACAACAACUACAAUUUCACCCACAAAUCUCUUGCCCUAUUUUGACUUUGAUGUUCCACGUAACUUGACCGUCACAGUGGGCCAAACGGGCUUCCUGCACUGCCGAGUGGAGCGACUGGGCGAUAAGGACGUCUCAUGGAUACGCAAACGUGAUCUGCAUAUACUCACGGCAGGCAGCACAACCUACACCUCCGAUCAGCGCUUUCAGGUUCUGCGGCCCGAUAACUCAGCCAAUUGGACGCUGCAAAUCAAAUAUCCCCAGCCACGCGACUCGGGCGUCUACGAGUGCCAAAUCAACACCGAGCCCAAAAUGUCGCUCUCCUAUACCUUCAAUGUUGUGGCAGAGCUCAAAGCGGAAAUCUACGGACCCAGCGAUCUGAUGGUAAAAACGGGCAGCGACAUUAAUUUAACCUGCAAAAUAAUGCAGGGACCACACGAGCUGGGCAACAUAUUCUGGUACAAAGGCAGCGAAAUGCUCGAUGGCAAGCACGAGAACGAUAUCGACAGCUCCAUGGCACGCAUACUCGUCGAGGAUGAUUGGUCGGAUGGCUUGACUUCCAGAUUAAAAAUCAAGCGAGCCAUGCCCGGCGACACCGGCAACUACACCUGUGUGCCAACCGUCGCAAAAACCUCCAGCGUCUAUGUGCACGUAAUUAUUGGCGAACACCCGGCGGCCAUGCAGCACAAUUCAAGCAGCAACAGCAACAGUUUCUACUGCGGCAUUUGUUGCAUGCUGCUCAGCAUUUUCUCCUGCUGCCUGCAGCAUUGGUAUGUGUGCGCAGCGCCUGCUGAGACAAUGGCUGCGCUUUUCUUGCUGCCAACCAAAGAAUUGUCACAGGCAGCGACAGCAACAACAACAGCAACAACAGCUACAACAGCAGCAACAGUUGCUGCUGCAGCCGUAACAGCCGUAACAGCCACAGCCACAUUGAAAGCCCGCCCCCGCCGCCGCAGCACCAGCAGCAGCUCCCAGCAGAGUGGACUGAGAUGAAGGAAUGACAGUUCGCUUCUGGCCCACUGAGUUCCAGGUGAUGAUGUGGAUGAUGAUGAUCAUGUUAAUUGAGUUAAUAAUGACAUUUAGUUAAAUUAAAGCAAGCAUUGAAUUCGUAUCUAAGAUAAAAUGCACUUAGUGAAUAAAAAACAAACAAAACAAAACCAAUAAGAAAAUGAAAACAUCUUUAGCUCUAAGCUCUCGAUUUUUGGGUAAGUUAAGCCAAGCAGAAGGCAUAAUAAAAAUAUAUAUGAAAUGAUCUGUAUAUGAAAAGUCAAAUAAGCAGUGCUUCAUGCAUAUAUAUAAUAUGAUAUAAAUAUAUACAGAAAUAAUAUUUAAUUAUGAUUUAAGCGAAAUGUAGUUAAGCAAAUGCGCAGUUGAUCACAAGAAUAGCAAAAGUGAAGAGUUUUGCAGCUAAGCUUUUUAUAUCUUUGUAUUCAAGUUCACAUUUAGCAUGCUAAAUUAUAGGUUGUAAAAGCUGAUUCCUCCUUAAAUUUUUUAGUUUAAAACUAAUGCAAAUUGCGCUUUGCAUAAAGGCCUUCUAAUUCCCAACUAGUUCAAACAUUCUUUAUAACUUGCCAGUUUAUCAAUCCAUAAAUGAAGCAAUCAAUAUAUAUUGCAUCAUCUGCUUUGUGCUUUUAGCUUCCUAAUUCACAACUUAUUCAAGCUGAUUCUGGCUAAAGAUUUGUAGUUCACAACUUAUUCAAGCAACUGUCAUUCACAAUUCCAUCAGGCAGACAAAUUCUAUAUAUAUUUUUGUGAUCUUCUGCUGCAUUUGCUUCACUCUCACACACCCACACUCACCUCAAUAGCAACACGUUAAAGUGAAAACAGAAAUCUUGUCAUUAUGAAAUAAGACUAACUAGGCUAUGCAUAUGCUCUAUACACAACUACAAUACAAACUGUGCUCUCCAAUCCACUCAGCAUGUCACUCGAAUCAACUUAAAUCAAAUCAAAAUUGUGCAGCUUUCAACCUCUCUAAGUCGUUUUUCUAGCCCUCUCACCGUAUGCAUACUACUGUAGCUCACUGUGUACUCUAUUGUAAGUAUUAAGCAUAAUACUUGAAUAUUUGCUGUAAAUAAAUGCCAUUUAGAUAUAUAUAGAGCUAUAAAUAUAUAUUAACUGUUUUGUUUUGUAAUUUCAUAUGGAGAAAUUGGGAGCAGAAAGAAAUGUUCGGUAGUCCGAAAUUUAGAUGCCCUUGUAUAGAAGAAUUUGUAAAAGAAGUUGUUUAAAUAAAUUUGAGAUGUUUCAGUUUCUAUAUUUAAGGAUGUAUUUUGCAAGGAAAUUUCAUAUGAGGAACAAUUAAAGGAGUAGAGAGAGAGAGAUAUAUAUAUAUAGCUGAGAGUAACCCUGAACCCUGAGCAGAACUUUACCUUGCACGCAGAAAAAAUUGUUUGUUCUGAUGAUCUAAUGAUUCUAUAACCAACAAAACUUUUAGACAUAUGUAUAUCAAAAGUAUGACAACAACAGAGCAAAAAAUGAGAAUGAAUCUUGGAUUGAACAUCUUAUGAAAGAUCCUCUAGUCAACUUUCUAACUUUUCCGGGAGCAGAAAGGCAAAUUCCUUUACUAAGUUUUUCAAUACAUGUAAUAAAUUGUAUGGGAAUCUGAGCUACUUUUUGUAAGGAAUGAAUUUGACCUAUGCCUAUAUGCGGCUAUAAAACCUUUUAUCCAAAUUCUUGCUCUACCAACGAUUAUACUUUAUGGUGUAUUCUUCAGCCUGCUACGGAAAGCUAAUCAUGAAACCACUUCAACUCCCACUUUCAAUAGUUUUCAGGGUAUAAAAUGUCACAAAUUGUUUAAGCUAAUAAAGUUUGAUAAGCAUGUACAGACAAAUACACACAAAUUAAAAAAUAAAAGAUAAUUAAACAAUAUAUAUGCGAAUAUAUAUAUAAAAGUAUAUAUAAAUUUAAAUAUACGUGCUAACUAAUUAGUAUUGGCUGACAUAAGAGCAUAUGACAAAUGCAAAUUAAUAAUGUGCUUAAACGGAAAUCGAAAUGCAAAAAGCAAAACACAAAAAAAAAAAAAAAAAAACAAAUGAAAAAAAAAAAAAACGCACUGUAAAUAAAUUCAUUAGUAGCGACUGUAGUUUUAAUUAACUCUUAAAUAAAAUAAAACCUAAAUGCAAAAUGCAA